AUGAGGCUUCUCUUCCCCAUCCUGCUGUUCCUGGGGGUCCUCGGACUGUGUCCGGCUGCUCCCAGGAAGAGUGUUCGGUGGUGCACCAAGUCCCCGGCAGAGGCAGCUAAAUGCUCCAGGCUGCGGAAGAACAUGCGAAAGCAAGGCGGCCCGCCGCUGAGCUGCGUCCGGAAGCCGACCUCCCUGGGGUGCAUCCAGGCCAUCGCGGAUGACAAGGCGGACGCCAUGACCCUGGAUAGCGGCUUGGUGUUCCAAGCCAGUCAGGCCCCCUACAAACUGCGACCUGUCGCCGUGGAGGUCUACGGGACAGAAGCGAAGCCACAGACCCACUAUUAUGCCGUGGCCGUGGCCAGGAAGGGCAGCAACUUCCAGCUGAACCAGCUCCGGGGCCGGAAGUCCUGCCACACGGGCUUUGGCCGGACUGCUGGCUGGAACAUCCCCAUAGGGACGCUUCGCCCGUUCUUGAACUGGAUGGGGCCCCCCAAGCCCCUUAGUGCUGCUGUGGCCGAGUUCUUCUCCAGCAGCUGUGUGCCCGGGGCAGACGGACAGCGCUUCCCCAACCUGUGCAAGCUGUGUGCGGGGAGCGGCCCAAACCACUGUGCCUUCUCCUCCCGGGAGCCAUACUUUGGCUACUCCGGUGCCUUCAGGUGCCUGAGAGACGGGGCCGGAGAUGUGGCUUUUAUCAGGGAGACUACGGUGUUUGAGGACCUGCCGGACAAGGCAGCAAGGGACGCGUUCGAACUGCUCUGCCCGGACAACACCCGGAGGCCGGUGGACCAGUACGAGCGGUGCCACCUGGCCCGAGUGCCUUCCCACGCUGUUGUGGCCCGGAGCGUGAAUGGCAGGGAAGACGCCAUCUGGGAGUUUCUUCACCAGGCGCAGGAAAGGUUUGGGAAGAACAAGUCGACGUCGUUCCAGCUCUUCGGCUCCCCAGCAGGGCAGAAGGACCUGCUGUUCAAGGACUCUGCCAUCGGGUUCCUGAGGGUCCCCGAGAAGAUAGACGCUGGGCUGUACCUUGGCUAUAGCUACAUCACUGCCAUCCAGAACCUGGAGAAAACGGAGGUGGCUGUGGCAGCCCGGCAGUCCCUGGUCGUGUGGUGCGCCGUGGGCAGCAAGGAGCUGCACAAGUGCAGCCAGUGGAGCCGCCUGAGCCAGGGCAGCGUGGCCUGUGCCGUGGCACCCACCACGGAGGACUGCAUCGCCCUCAUCCUGAAGGGAGACGCUGACGCCAUGAGUUUGGAUGGAGGAUACAUCUACACCGCCGGCAAGUGUGGGCUGGUGCCCGUCCUGGCGGAGAAUUCAAUAUCCCGAGAAGGUGUCAGCUCUGACUGUGUGAACAGACGAUCGGAAGGGUAUCUUGCCGUGGCAGUGGUGAGGACAUCGAACCCUAACAUCACCUGGAACUCUCUGAGGGGCAAGAAGUCCUGCCACACCGCCGUGGGCAGGACCGCAGGCUGGAACAUCCCCAUGGGCUUGCUCUUCAACCAGAUAGGCUCCUGCAGGUUCGAUGAAUUCUUCAGUCAGAGCUGCGCCCCCGGCUCUGACCCGAGAUCCAAACUCUGCGCUCUUUGUGUUGGUAACGAGAUGGGCGAGGAGAAGUGUGUGCCUAACGGCAACGAGAGGUACCACGGCUACAAUGGCGCUUUCAGAUGCCUGGCUGAAAACGCUGGAGAUGUUGCAUUCAUAAAAGCUGUCACUGUGCUGCAGAACACCAACGGGAAGAACCCGGAGCCCUGGGCCAGGGACUUGAAACAGGAGGAUUUUGAGCUGCUGUGCCUGGACGGCACCCGGCGGCCUGUGGCCGAGGCCAAGAGCUGCCACCUGGCCAUGGCCCCCAGCCACGCGGUGGUGUCGCGCAAGGACAAGGUGGAGCGCCUUGAGCAGGUGCUGCUGCAGCAGCAGGCUAAGUUUGGAAAGAGUGGAGCCAGGUGCCUGGGAGAGUUCUGCUUGUUCAAGUCUGAUUUCCCGAACCUUCUGUUCAAUGACAACACGGAGUGUCUGGCCAGACUCCAAGGCAACACAACAUAUGAAACAUAUUUGGGACCCCAGUAUGUGGCGGCCAUUGGUCAUCUGAGACGGUGCUCGAGCUCUCCGCUCCUGGAAGCCUGCGCCUUCCUUAGGAAGUAA